AUGCAGAAACCAGCAGGUGAAGUGGAUGUCACUUUGGAUGUCCUCGGGCAACAGCCGUUUCUCAAGAUCUACACGCAAAUAUGUCUCUGCUUCUCAAUGCCUGACAAUGACUCCGAUUCAACCAUCAUCCACACAUUAACCAACGGUCUCGAACGACUAACAGCAAGUUUCCCAUGGAUAGCCGGCCAAGUCGUCAACGAAGGCGCCAGCGAAGACAACACAGGAAUCUUUAAGAUAAAACCAUUGGAAAAUAUCCCUCGUCUAGUCAUCAAAGACCUGCGAAAUGAUCUCUCAAUACCGACAAUGGACAGUCUCAGACAAGCCAAGUUCCCUAUGAGCAUGCUGGACGAAGAGAUUAUAUGUCCCUGCAGGACACUCCCAUUGCCUGGGACUCUUGACGAAUUUCCUGUGUUUCUUGUGCAAGCGAAUUUCAUCACCGGCGGGCUGCUGCUCAGUAUGGUUGCUGAGCAUGGUGCGAUGGAUAUGACGGGUCAGGGCCAGAUUAUCCGUCUUCUGUCGAAGGCUUGUCGAAACGAGUCCUUUACGGCUGAGGAACUGUCGACGGGCAAUCUAUGCCGUCACGAUAUCAUCCCGUUAUUAGACUCCUACGAACCAGGCCCUGAGCUCUCGUAUCAAAUCACCAGGCUCCCCUCAACACCUCCAGCACCACCAGCAAAAAGCACCUGGGCCUACUUCUCCUUCCAACCCAGCUCUCUAGCAGCCCUCAAAUAUUUCACCAUGCAAACAGUUCCAACAGGCUACAUCUCCACCGACGACGCCCUAACAGCACUCAUAUGGCAAUCUGUCACCCGCGCCCGCCUCCCACGUCUCAACCCCGAAACAAACUCAACAUUCGCCCGCGCAGUAGAUGUCCGCAGAUUUCUAGACAUCCACCAAACAUACCCAGGCCUGAUCCAAAACAUGACAUAUCACACCAACGUGCUUCAAUCGCUAGUCUACGAGCCAUUAGGCGUGAUAGCCUCGCGGCUGCGCUUGGCUGUGAAUCCUAACACAUCGACGCUGGGGUAUGAUUCGCGAGCGCUGGCAACGUUCCUAGCUCGUUCGCCGGAUAAAACUAUUUUCUCAUUCUCUGCGAAUCUGGAUCUGUCGACGGAUAUGAUGCUUAGUUCAUGGGCGAGGGUUGAGUGUUAUGACCUUGAUUUUGGUCUGGGGUUGGGGUGUUCUGAGGCUGUGCGUAGGCCGCAGUUUGAUCCGUUUGAGAGUCUUGUGUAUUUACUGCCGAAAACACCUGAGGGGGAGAUUACGGCUGCGAUUUGUUUGAGGGAUGAGGAUAUGCAGAGAGUAAGAGUUGAUGUGGAGUUUAUGAGGUAUGCGAAGUAUAUUGGGUAA